UUGUUGGUCUCACAUGCAUGUUGUAGAGUAAUAUUUUUUUAUUCGGUUGCUGACAACGAGAGAGUGCGGUUCUAUCGGUUGCCUAAAUAAAAUAAUUAUUGAACAAAUCACUCAGUCAGAAUGCACGCGAAUGUCAUUUCGGUUUUCGGGAUAGUUUAUCUGCUGUUCCUGUUCCUGGGACAUCUUUCGGCCCAAAUUACCGUGGGCUUAAGCACGUUCAAUCCUGGUAUGAUCGAUAUCAAUCCGGAAGCCGGCACAGAACAUUCUUGGCAAACUAAUCUCAAUUUUCGACGAGCCUGGAAAGAAAGACAGCAAAAAAACAACCAAACUAGAUCCGAUAACAAACCCAGGCAAUCCAACGAUGGCCGCCCGCUGCACAAUCGUCUCUUUGAGGAGGAACCAGUUCCAAAGUCCACUUAGUCUUCACUCUCGAAACGGAGUAAAAACGGAGAAGCUGUAAAAAACUGGGUUUAAAGUGCAUUUACCAAGCCUUUGAGAUUGCAUUUAAAUAUAUGAGAAUGAACUUAACGAAAUAUGUAUAUGUGCAACAAGUUUGGGUUGUUAAAGCUACUCGAUUCCAGUUUAAAAUCAAGGUCAAAGCACAACAUAUAUAAAUUACAUAUUUAUACAUAAUUUAACAUUUUAAAUGAAACAAUAAUAUAAAAUGUAAGAUGCGUUUUUGCUUUGAGUGCAUUGUGUAUAUGUAAGGCGCCUUUAAAGUCGCGAGCCAACUGUUUGUUUACUGAGUCAGUUUCUCGGAGUCGCCAUGAUCACACGCAUCGCCUUUUAUAUUCUCCCUGUCUUGGUUCUUUGGAGCCUGGUAGAGAUUGAGGGUCUGCCUAGCGCAGGAGACGUGGAGCAUUCCCGGAAGAACCAACUCCUCCAGGACGAACUGUUCAUCAACUGCUGUCGCAGCCUCAGGAGGAGUGAUCCCAGCGACAAUUGCCAGUCUUGUGAGGAGCAAUUCAGACCCAUGGAACCAGUCACCGAGGCGUCGGGCGAUGUGCCCAAAACACCACUGGGAGUUCCGUGUUCUCUGACCCAUAGAGGAUGCUAUGCGGAACCAAAUGGCUCCGGUGGCGGUAAAAAAUAAUCUUAAAUCUAAUUUUCACCAUAACAUAUUUCGCAUUGCUUCUUAAUAAAUAUUUACUUUAAUUUAUACAAGGUCCAUAAUAAACAAAAAUGAAAUAAAGCACAAAAAAUGUAAAUUAAUUACACUUUAAUUAUAUGUAAUUCGAAUUGUGUAGCGUAGAUUUUUGGCGGCAUAAUUUGAAUAUAUUUAUGGAUUGGCAGCACUGUUCAUUUCCAAAGAGCUGCCACAUCAACGCACA